ACCAGAACCAUCAGAGAGUUCGGUGACGCAGCUCGACUCCUGCAUGUGGUCUUCCCCGAUCUCAAUCUUCGUUCUCUUCUUCUUAAAGACGCGGCAGACCACCCAAUCCCACCUUGCAGCCAUGGUACCCUGCAUCAUCAGUUUGCGCCAUGAGAGGUGUUCAAAGUCCUUCCAGAGUCAGCUGGGUUGACAAAAGAAUGCAUGUCCAGUUUGAACUCACAUGACCAUCAUAUUUCCUGGACAUUGUGAAGUGAAAUGAGGAGUAUAUGUCAUGGAACUCCUCUCGGGGGUCUGUUCCACAAGAUACCCUUUUUGAUCCGCUCCUGGGUUUUGCGGAUUUGCCCUCUCUUCUCCACCUCGCCGUCCGCGUUCGAUUCUGCCCCUAAAGAUCGGAGAGAACAAAUGCCAGAAGAGGAUCUGGUCGAGCUCAAGUUCCGGCUAUACGAUGGAUCGGACAUCGGCCCGAUCCGCUACUCUUCUUCUUCCACUAUUGCCAUGCUCAAAGAAAGGAUAAUCUCCGAGUGGCCGCGAGAUGCUCAACUUGCAUGUGCAUGUCAUUUAACAAGUCUACACGCCAUUGCUGCCUCAAAACCAGAACUUGAAACGAUCGAGCCUUAUUUUUAUCAUGAUAAAAAGAUCGUACCAAAGGUGGCAAAUGAUGUCAAAUUGAUAAGUGCAGGCAAAAUACUAGAGAACAGCAAGACAAUUGCACAGUGCAGAUCACCUUUUGGUGAACCUCCUGCCGAUGGUAUUACCAUGCAUGUCGUGGUACAACCAUCAUUGACUAAAGCAAAAACAGAAAAGAAGGUCGAGGAGCUGCCGAAGAAGACAGCCUGUUCUUGCUCUAUAUUAUAGAGCAACGAGCGACUUGCAACAAUAGCGUCAUCCGCCAUUGUGGUUCAACUGUGGUAAGAAGUGUCGAUUUCUCAAAGCUGUCAUCAUUGUUCGAUGCAUGCUGUUGCACGCAUCGGGUCGGUGCAUGGCUGUGCUAUUUAUUUGUCUUGGAACAAGUUGAUCCGAUCCUUUGCAUCAAAGUCUUAUACAUGUUUCUAUAGAUCUUAUUACAGACAACAGUUUUCCCCGAACAUGUUUGUAUAUCGAUUGCAUUGCCUGCAAAUUAAUUCGAUAGACCCAAUGAUUUCUGCUCUCUUCAAA